AUGACGGUAGAUAACAAGAUCCUCCACGACAUCAAACCAACCGUCAUCCACCAACCCCUCCUAAAAACCAUUCCUCCUGAGCUCCUCCCCCGCUUCGACCCUGUCUAUGUUGAGCAUUACAACCGCUACAAUGUUGGCCGCCUCAACACCCACCAAGUCCCAAUCGAAGACUUCCGCGCAAACCCCAUCAAAAUACGUAAUCUCCUACAGCCGCGCCGCAGGCCCGGACACGCACAAGAUUUCUCACAGCAACAGUGCCCCAUCAAAGAUGGCGAGAUCACCCUACGCAUCUUUUUGCCUGAGUCCCUACCAGGCAAGGAUGGCAAGCCGAAAAAAGAAAAGAGGUCCACGAAAGGCCGAAGAGCUCAACAUCGACGUCAACAGGAUGGCGGAUGGCGGAACAUCAGCAGGCAGGCACCUCAGCACCGUCCUUGGCCACUUGUGCCGCGACAAUGGCUACGGGAUGACGGCGAGGCGUCAGCGGAAAAGCUCAAGGCUGCUGAUGUGCAGGUUGAGGUCAUCCGGAUUCCUGGCGUGCCACACAUUGUCGGCCAUCUGGAUGACAUUCUGGAGGGGGGGGGGGAAAGUUCUUUAAUAAAAAGAGCUUUAAGGAGUCGGGGAAGGCUUUGA